AGCAACAUGAGGAAGCGUCAAGUGGUUUUGAAGCGAGAGGAGUCUUCAACUACAACUUCAUCUUUCACAGUCAGGACUGUGAGAUAUGCAGAGUGCCAGAAGAAUCACGCUGCCGGAGUUGGAGGCUACGCGGUGGACGGGUGCCGUGAGUUCAUGGCCACUGGGGAGGAAGGCACCGACGCUGCACUCAUUUGUGCUGCCUGUGGCUGCCACCGGAGCUUCCACCGCAGGGAAGUGGAAACGGAGGUGGUUAACGGGAACACGUCGCCGCGUUCAUCCAUGUCAUAAAAUGGUUCAAUCUGCUUCAGAUAUUAAUUGAUGGAGGUUUAAUUAUGUCGUGUACGUUUUGAUGAUCA